AAUACGCCCGUAAGCGUACUCGCGGCACAGCUUUUGUUCUACAAACUUCGGGCAGAGAGAUAGAACUUAGGACACAGAGAGAGAGAGAGCGAGCGAACGAGCGAGAUUGAGUUAGUGAGUGGAAGAAGAAGAAGAAGAAGAAGAAGAAGAGGAAAAUGGAGGGCGAGCCGACUCGGAUAAUGAUGGGAGUGAACGAGUCGACUAUCAAGGGGUAUCCACACGCGUCGAUAAGCAGCAGAGGAGCGUUUGAGUGGACUCUCCAGAAGAUCGUUCGCUCCAACACCUCUGGCUUCAAGCUCCUCUUCCUUCACGUCCAAGUCACCGACGAAGACGGUUUUGAUGACAUGGAUAGCAUUUAUGCGUCGCCUGAAGAUUUUAAAAACCUGAACCACAGGGACAGGGCAAAAGGGCUUCAUCUGCUUGAGCACUUUGUCACUAGAUGUCAUGAAAUUGGGAUUUCUUGUGAGGCAUGGAUCAAGAAAGGUGAUCCCAAAGAAGUAAUCUGCCAUGAGGUGAAGCGAGUCCAGCCUGAUUUUCUGGUUGUGGGAAGCCGGGGUCUUGGCCCUUUUCAGAGGGUUUUUGUAGGAACUGUAAGCGAAUUUUGCGCGAAGCAUGCUGAGUGCCCUGUCCUCACAAUCAAACGCAGGGCAGAUGAAACUCCUCAGGACCCUGUUGAUGACUGAUUCUUCUAGAAAUGAGCUUCAUACCGUUUGUUAAAACCCCUAUGAGAAUUGCCCCUGACGUGUAUAUUUUGCGUCCUGUGGAAUCGCACAUGGUGAAAACAUUCAUAUGGGAGAAACUAUUUUUUCUAUAUGUGGUCAUCAUCCACUUGGUUUUCA